AUGGCAAGAAUUGAAGAUCAAGAACCAGAAGAAGAUGAACCGGAGGAAAUUCAUGGAGAUAUAUUAGAAGUAAUAUUCUCGCACGUGCCACUCAUCGACUUGGUGGCGGCCUCGAGAGUGUGUAAGUCGUGGUGUUGCAUGGUGAAAUCCUCUCUCCGCCACCUCAAGAAGCCAAAGCCAUGGCUCAUCCUCCACAGUCAAGCUACUCGCCACCCUUACAACAUCUCCAUGCAUGCGUAUGACCCUCGUUCACACGUAUGGAUGAAAAUGGUUCGUCUGUCUUCGAUCAAAGGCAUGUCAAGUCUUAAAUCAUCUCACUCCAACUUUAUUUACAACUUAUCCUCUUUAAAAUUAUCCUUUUCGUUCGACCCUCUAAAUCUCACCUGGAGUCAUGUGCACCCUCCAUUUGGGUGGCGGAAUGAUCCAAUUGUGGCACGUGUUGGAGACUUCAUAAUCGUCGCAGGUGGCGGGUGUGAUUAUGGGAGCGAUCAGUUACCCGUUGAGAUCUACAACAUUCGGACAGGUGCAUGGCACAUGUGUGACAACAUACCAGGAAAUUUGAGAGACUUGCCAGCUUCGAUUUACCUUUCAAUUGCUACCACAAAUGAAAAACUCUUUGUCACGGAGAAACAAUCAGGGUUGACUUAUUGGUUUGACUUGGCAAUAGAAUGUUGGUCCGAACCCUAUAGUUUGAAACCUGGACAACCCAUUGUUAACUACAAUAUUGGGACUUCUAAUGAUGAUUUGGUUCUGGUAGGUUUGUUCAAGGACGAUCAAAAUGCUGAACAAUUGAAGAUAUGGAAGGUUGUGGGAGAAAAUUUUCAAUUUGAAGAAAUUUGUGAAAUGCCUUGCGUCUAUGUUGACAAACUGAAGAGCAAGAGUUCAGAAAUUUCUUCGGUGAAUGCUUGUGUAGUCGGGAAUUUUGUUUUUAUUUACAAUCCAUUGGCGAUGGAGGAAAUAGUGAUGUGUGAGUUAAUAAUCGAUGAUUGUUGUAGAUGGUGGAGUAUACAGAAUGUGGUGGCGCCUGACAAAAUGUUAACGAGUAGGUUGGUAUUUUCGUGCUCUGAGAUUAGCGUUGAUGAGUUGCAACGAGUUAUGAGGUCGCAGAAUCGAAUAUUUUUGGUGGAAUCGUGA